CGAUCGGCCAGGACAACUGUACUCGCGAAGGCUUGAGACUGGGACCGAAGGACGAGGCUCACCCCUCAGGUGGUGAUGGCGACGUCAGAAGACGAGUUGAUUGGGAUCCCCUUCCCAGAACACAGCAGUGAUCUUCUGAGCUGCCUUAACGAGCAGCGUCACCGCGGUGUGUUGUGUGACAUCACCAUCAAGACGCAAGGGUUAGAGUACCGCACCCACCGCGCUGUGCUGGCCGCCUGCAGCCAAUAUUUCCGCAAGCUGUUCACUGGGGCGCCGUCUGGAAAGUCAUCACGCAAUGUUUGUCACCUGGACUUCCUCAAACCCGACGCUCUUGGGGCCCUUCUGGACUUUGCCUACACCGCCACGCUCACCAUCAGCAAUGCAAACAUGCGGGAUGUGCUCCGUGCCGCUCGCCUCCUGGAGAUCCCGUGCGUCGUCCAGGCCUGCGUGGAUAUUCUACGAUGUAACGGAGGCCGAGAGGAAAUGGGGGCAGAUGCUGAAGAUCUGGAGGGUUUCCUACGGGCGCGGCAAUAUCUUGAGUGUUAUGGUACGCAGGAGAACGGUGAAGAUGUCUCCUCCCCUCUAGAGGCUGAAAGUUCUCUACUACCAGUCCACCCAAUGCCGGUGCCCCAAAAACCAGUGCAGCUGAUCCCUCGAAAAGGCCGGAGGAAGUUCCUGCAGGUCAACCCGAGCCAGAGGCCGCAGAACGGUAACCCGUAUAUUGUGGAUGACGACUCUACAGAAAGGGCGGAGAGCCCCGCCGAAGCUCCAUCACCGGCCGAAUUGCCGCCAAGUGACGGCAGCCUCAACUACGAGCGCUACACCCCUGACAACGGGCUCGGGGUCCAGCACAUGUUCGUCCCCCCUUCUCCUCCAGACGAAAUCCUAUCUGACGAAGAGCCCACCGAUAUGACCUUUCUGGGGACCCUGGACCACGAGCACCACGAAUUGACGGCCUCUUCCCUGGACGGCACCGACAAGCUCGUAAGGAAACGGCGAUCGCAGAUGCCGCAGGAGUGUCCUGUCUGCCACAAGAUUAUUCACGGAGCUGGGAAACUGCCCCGCCACAUGCGCACUCACACGGGGGAGAAACCUUUCGUGUGUCAAGUGUGCGGAGUGAGAUUCACCAGGAAUGACAAGCUGAAGAUUCACAUGCGUAAACACACAGGCGAACGCCCAUACUGCUGCGAGCACUGCAGCGCUCGCUUCCUGCACAGCUACGACCUGAAGAAUCACAUGCACCUUCACACCGGGGAUCGCCCCUAUGAGUGCACGCUCUGCCACAAGGCCUUCGCCAAGGAGGAUCACCUCCAGCGCCACAUGAAAGGGCAGAACUGCCUGGAGGUGCGCACCCGCCGCCGACGCAAAGACGACCCUCCAGCUCCACGCAUCAUCACCCCGACUCCCGGCCUCGACCUUACCAAUGGCAAGAUGGAUGACCUCCGCCUCUCCAUGCUGCGCUACUGGGGCCUUUCUCAACCGCAAUCGGGAGGGGGCAGCCCUGAGGAGGGGCCUUUGGUACUGGACCCUUCGUAGCACUUUGGUGACGGUAAACGCCC